AUGGACCAAUCUAAGUGUUUUCUCUGGAGAUCUGUCGGUGAAGAAUCAAAGAACAUAGAGCAGACCAUCCUCAGACAUGCUCAGAAAGUACGUGCCAAAAGAAACAAGGAGUUAUCUAUAAAAUUGGAAAAACUUCGAGUACCAAGCCCCGACAAAUCAUCAGGCGUCCUUGUUCACAAUCUUUCAUCUAAAACCCUUACAAACACACAACUCGCAAUCCUGGAACGUGGAGCCAAUUUUAACACAGCAGAUGCCACACCAGCAGAGUUUAUUGCCGCCUUCGAAUCCGUUCUUCAACUAACAAAGGCGUCAGAAGAGCCGAAAGAUUUGAUCCGUCACCAAACCUCCUCGUUGCUCAUGCGACACAGGAGGUGCGAAACUCUUAGCAAUAUGGAACAGCAGGCACUGAAAUGCCUAAAAGCAAACAAGGGCAUAAUUAUUCUGCCAACUGACAAAGGACGUUCAACAGUUGUGCUAGACAAAUCGGAUUACCAGAACAAGGUACAGGACUUACUCGAAGACCAGCAUUCAUACAAACAAUGCCAUGCCAGCGAAAUGAAAAAUCUAAUCACCCGGAUAAACAAAAGCCUAAGAAAUCUCAGAGCCAAGGGGGCGAUUACACCCAACGACUGGUUCUCCAUGAAACCCACAGACACCGCCACGGCUCGUUUUUACGGUCUACCGAAGGUACACAAGGCAAAUGUCCCACUCAGGCCAAUCGUAUCCCUUCGUGGCACUCCGACGUACGGUUUGGCAAAAUGGAUGUUCGGUCGUCUUAAGUUUUUGGCCGAAGGCUCACCAACAACAGUUGAAUCUGCGUAUCAAUUCCUCGAACGCAUAAAGCAACUGAGGUUAGAGCCAGACGAAUCCAUGGUAUCCUUUGAUGUCGUUUCGCUCUUCACCUCCAUCCCACAGCAACUAGCGAUAGAUGUUGUAGACCAACUACUGGCAGAGCGUUAUGAGGAGAGAGACAGGCCUCUGAAGCCUGAGCAUCUGCUCGAGCUUCUGCGAUACUGUCUCAAGACCUAUUUCACUUUCGACGGACAAAUGUACGAACAAAUAAAGGGCACUCCUAUGGGCUCCCCUAUAUCAGGCCUAAUUGCUGAAGUAGUACUUCAGCGGGUAGAACACUUGGUGUUCACCAAAUAUCAACCAAAGUUCUGGGCCCGCUAUGUCGAUGACACCUUCGUCGUUGUCAAAACAACUGACAUUGAACACCUAAAGGGACUACUGAACUCGGUUGACCCUGAUAUACAAUUUACGAUGGAAGCGGAAACAAACAACCAACUGCCCUUCCUUGACGUACUUGUGCGCCGGUGUACCACUGGACAGCUGCAAACUACAGUAUUCCGAAAAUCCAAUAACACGAGGCAGAUCCUACACUUCAACAGUAACCAUCCACUGUCGCACAAACGUAAUUGUGUCCGCACUCUAUUCCAAAUAGUCGAAACACACUGCAGCACACCAGAAGAUAAAAGGGCCGAACGAUUGUACCUUAUGGACCUAUUUGCAGCCAAUGGUUAUCCCAGGCAUUUCAUCGAGAGAAGCAGACGUUGGGCGCCCAGACAACGGCCAAAUGAGCAGCAACCCGAAGUCUGGAGGGCCAUUCCUUACGUUAAAGGGGUCUCUGAAGCGGUCUCGCGACUGUUACAACCCACAAGAGUAGGCGUAGCCCAUCGACCACAAGCAACAAUUCGACGUCGCCUGAUGCAACCUAAAGACCCAUUGCCACCCGCUGAAACCUCAGCAGUCAUCUAUAAAAUAAAUUGCAAUGAGGGCGACUGCAACUAUGUGGGCGAAACUGGGCGGAAAUUGCAAACUCGCCUACAAGAACAUAAAUCGGCCACUCGGAGGUUAGCCCCUAACUCUCAACUAGCAACACACGUUGGAGAAACGGGGCAUACUUUUGACCUCCAGAGGGCUACCAUCUUAGGCCGAGGCAAAACAAAAACAGAACGGCUAACUCUCGAAGCGUGGUUCCCCGAUGCCCACUCUAUCAACAGGCAUCUGGACCUUCCUGCAGCUUACAAAGUCUUACGUCAUCACAAUCGUAGAGCGCAGGAUCAAACAACCACACCUGACUUAAGAAGGCAGCACGGAGAUAGCCCGACGCAGAGCUUACUCGGUGAGGAAGAACAAGAACCGCCAGACCGACCGCCCGACUAAAGUCCAAUCAGCUCCCCUCGACGGAGUGGUGAAUCAUAAAGCGCACAGGCAAAAACGCCCGUCAACCAUCUCCUGAGAGGCCGACGCAGCGGGAGGAGAGGAAAAAGUCGAUCAGCAUGAGGCCGGCCAACACAACUUGCCACUUUAAACUAAAUUUCUGAUCGAUUAGGUGCAGUUUACGCUUUGACAAUGAAGAGCCGACCCAGCUCUUUGAAACGUCAGCAGUUAAAUAAACCUGUUCCGAAGAGCCAAUUUUCUUCUUCUAAUAAUCUUCCCGGAUCUCUAAACUUUUCCAACCUGAAUUGAUAUGAAAGCACGCUGGGCUAAGUCUGAGUGGGCAGUCCAGUAGUGACGACAAAGGCUACAUGAAUUAUGGUAGAGGUGCUCACACCAAUCAAAUUUCGGAGCGUGCUCGUCCCGUUGAGGCUUAUGACUCAAACUAGAACACUCGCAGUUAGUCGUAUGACCACUAGUAGUAUCGGUAGACAAGAUAAUACCGACAAAGACAAAGGAGAUCGAAAUGGUCAGUUUUGGCUUAUCAGACGUCAUCAGCCAGUCAUACAUAUCCCCAGGUGUGGAUCACCCGAGAUUCGAAUGUUUCUCUCAUGCCUUGCCAAUUACCCAGUUACAACGCAGACCACGCGUAAUCCAGAAAGUGUGAACAACAGAGGAAGAUGUUGUUGAACGCAUGCUGGGACUAAAAACUUCCACCGUCUUCUGUUUAUUUAUCUCCGACUAAUGCUCAUCAUUCAGGCAUCAGAGAACCGCGGUUGAAGACGUCUACAGGGGAAACAGUAGGUUCAAAAUUUAGCCUAUUUUCGAAGUGGCUCAAAAGAAAUGCACUGAAAAACUUGGUUCGCCGGAGAAACGUCCAAAUAGGCGAUGGUGACAAGGGUAAGUGUCUUCAAACAACCUUACGCUCGGGAGUUCUCGUCGUAAGAGUAGGUGGUCUGCGUGCUACCAUCAAAGGGAAUUCUGGGGUUGGGCAGUUCGAUGCGCAGAAAUGCCUCUCUGAUUACAGCAAAGGCAGGAUACUAUUUGCAGUAGCCAUCACAGAAAACCAUUCCGGGAUGAUGGCACACAUUGCUCCGGUGGACAGGGCACAUUUUUCAGCUUCUAGGCUUCAUAGGCCCAUUCCACUCUUAACUGCAAGAGAUCCCCCGUAGCCUCGGCUACCUGACCGGAUAUUUUCUGCGGACGUGGGAACGUGUAACACCAGCCAGUCUAUAUUAGGUCUUGUUUUCUGUGGGGAACAAAGAUGCUACUAGAAGUUGUUUCUGGAUAUUAGCCGCAUAAACUUCAACCAUCGUUACAGCGGGUGUAUAAUGCCAUGAGAUGUGAAACUUGUUGCCUAUCUUCCCUAUCAGUGUCCGUUCCUCCCCCAUUUCAGAGUCGAAAUAGGGUCCUGUGAGACCUUAGUUGUGACGUCAUCGGUGGUGUUAGUUGCCGCGGGAGGAGGGUCGUCAGUCAUAAAUAUUGUGGGUAUAGAAUUGGCGACACACCCAUGUGUACGCCCAUCUCGCGCCAGUUGGGAUCCGAGCAAUUCCUAUUAUUCUUGUUAUGUAAAAUCCUGUUGAACUAUAAUUUGUAGACCUGAGGGUAAUUUGGUGCGCCCAGGUGUGGGUUUUGUUGUGCCAGCCGUCUGUGCCAACUCUCGCUUGUGGUCUUGUUGACUGUGCCAUGACACCGGACCCAGGUGAGGAACGAGAAAGUACGGAGAUUUUGCGCAAGUUAACGAUCGCUAUUAACGAAUUAACGCGCAAGUCACCGUCUCUGUUCCCACUCUGCCGUGAAGCAAAUGGUGGACAUCGUCGAAAACGACGGUCAACCUUUUGGUUGCACAAUUAACUGGACGUUGGAAAUUGUUGAUUAUUUUGUCUGUCAUGGGCUGUUCCUUCUCCUCAUUUAAAUAUUAAAUAGUGUUCCAUAAAUCGUUAUCAGUGACGUCACCGACGAUGUCAGUUGUCGCGACGUGGGUCAGAAGGCGAGUGUGCUAGAAGUCGACCUGAUGAGGUGUCAAAAGGAACAGUUGUUACUUCACCCUAACCUCCGGUACACCGCUCAUAGCGGUGGGUACAGGCAGGGUUUAAGCUCUGACUUUUGACAUCACGACUGUCUCCUGCACUCACGUAGGCGUGUCUGAAGGUCAAAUUAUCCCCUCGCCUACGAGCCCUUCCAACAGAGGGACACGUUUAGCGCUUGAAUUAUGGGAAAUACGUUUAAGCUAACUCUAACUACAACUGCACGCAUUCAUAUUCAACGUGGAUCUUGGAAGCACCGUAGCUGUAAAGACUUUACCUGGGAUUCCCUUUAUUUAAUAGCCUUUAAGGAUCUUUUUGAAUCAGCGGGCCCGCCAACCUGCCUGGUUUUCUUCCUGUAAAAAAGCGAUUUGGCUGAAACCGUGACCUUGUUUUAUGUAAAAAUAUAAAUCCACGCGCAUAGGAGUGCAGCUGUAACCUCGAAAAGUUUGACUAGAUGAUUCAUAAAGGUACAGGAAGUUUGCCAGCUUCGAGAUGGAGGCCGGAACACAGUCCACUUUUCUUUAGUUUAUUGCUAUUUUAUGCCUUCUUUUUUAACGUGUGGUACGUUCUCAUGGGACGACAAAUACCUAGUGAGCAGCGGAAAGUCAGUGUGAGGGUGCGUUAUCAACAUGAAAUAUGACCGCCAUGUCCACGCCCUCGAUAGCCAACCGUGUCCGCAGCCGGAAUAAACCACUGGGACUGUAAAACUCGAUUCAGUGGUUAGUUCGCCAUAUUGAGUGACGGAAUACUAUGGCCGCCGAAUGGAACUGGAAGAAAUUUGAUCAGUUUUUAAAUAUAAAUCUCGUUCUCCUUUGAGUCUACCUCCUGGACGCAUGCGUAUCUGCCUUGCCCUUGGUCUUGCUAGUGCUAUGUCGGAAAACAUGUUACGCACCCCUAAAGAUGCAUAUCGUAAUUUAAGCAGUUGUACUUUUGUUCCUGAUUACCUGCGUCCUCUGUAGUAGAUUUUUCUGGGCAUGUCAUAAUUCCCGAAAAAAAGCAUUCGAGAAACUCGAUUUUCUAAUGGAAAUAAGGACCUCACGAGGCACUUUCGCUGUAAUCAUCUUGCCAGAACCAUAAAUAGCGCUCUAGUAGACGAGAUCGUGAUUUUAGUAUACACUCUACGUACGCAUUUAUUGUCCGGUAGACGAGCAGUUCAACAUGGUCCUCUUACCCGAAAUUACCUGCACCAGCGUCUCCUGUACAAGUUGCGAAUAAUGGGCAUCAGCGGCAAACUUCUCAAAUGGAUCGAGAAUUCCCUCGUCGGCUGCUCCCAAAUUGUCUGCGUAGAACAGCAGCAAUCAGGGCGCACAUUCACCAAGAGUGGAGUCCCACAAGGCUCGGUGUUCGGACCAACCCUCUUUAUUUUCUUCAUCAAUGAUUGUGUAGAUGGGUUGGACUGGGAUAAUGCCAUGUUUGCCGAUGACAUAAAAAUCUGGAAAGUCAUCCAGAAUGCUGCCAAUGAGACGAACUUCCAAGAAAAGCUUUGUCGAUUGGACGAGCGGUCCCGCAGACGGCUCUUGUCCUUCAAUUUGAACAAAUGCACCAUACUGCGCCUCGGAAAUCAGACCCCUAGUGCACGGCAAUACCAUCUGAACGGAAUACUACUUUGAGAUGCAGAAACGCAGAAAGAACUCGGAGUCUGGGUUGCAGACAGCCUAAAGCCUUCUACACAAUGUUGUAAGGCGGCCAAGGCCGCAACUUCAAUGCUAUAUGCCAUCAAGCGGGCAUUCGCAGUUUUCGACAAAGACUGCUUCUCCAAAGUCUUCGGCACGUUUGUAAGGCUGCAUCUCGAAUAUUCAAUUCAGGCCUGGAGACAGUGGACGCAUCAGGAUUACAAUCUGCUCGAAAGGGUGCAGAGGCGAGCAACAAAAUUAACAAGAGGUCAACGUGCACGCCGCAUAACAAACCUUAAUCUUUAUCCUCUGAGUUAUAUGCAUUUGCGCGGAGACUUGAUACAAACUCUCCGUAUCGUGCGUGGCUAGGACUGCGCCCUUCGGUGCGAUGACUUUUCCAACUCGCCACAACAACUAACCUCCAGGGACAUCCCUUCAAGCUACGUGUGCCGCAGGGCAAAUUGCAUGUGAGAAAAUAUUUCUUCUCCAACCGUGUCGUCGAACCAUGGAAUCACCUGCCCGAGACGACUGUCAUGUCUCAAUCUGUGGAGACAUUUAAAUGUCGGCUUGACAGAUAUAUGCUGCAGCAACAAGGGGGCUAUGUGAUUUUUUAGCCACGAGCCCAGUGACAUAUGUGAAUCACUAUCUGCAUUCACUUAAUGCUGAAAUUUCUUCACACUUUUGUUUUUUUUAUCGAUGUUUUAUGCACGAAUAGGGAGUUCAAAGGUGUAAGCCUAUUUCCCUCAAAUAAACUGACUGACUGACUGACCGGUCGACAUUUGCUGCCGAUUUAUCUAGCUGGCAGUCAACCCGCUUCCAAUGCAACCAUGUUUCCUCUGCUUAAUGAUUUUCUUCAUGGUUGUUCCCCCGCCUCUGUUCAGGGAGAGCUUUCUAAAGACGUAUUUAUAUCCUCGUUGCCUUUCAUGAAAACAAGCUCGUCUGUUUGUGGUUAUAUACAGCCUAACGACACUGAAAUUUCGCAGAUACGGAUUGCCGCAGGAUUUCACUACACCUCUUUGCGUACGCCGUCUUUCUGUGCUCCAGGCUCGUUCGCAGCUCACAUCUACCACAGUCACAUGAAGACGAAGAUAUUUAAACAGUAUCCCAUAACCGAGGUUCUAGUGACCUGUAAAUAGGCAUCUGAUCUUGUGUCUUGAGCUUGACCAUGAGUUAACAAUGUAUCUACAUCGAGGACUUAGAAGGCUUUUUUGCCCAAAGCGAUUUUGGACAAAUGCCACUUAUCUUACACUGCAUAUAAUUUAUCGAAAUUUGGUGACUCCAAUAAAUACUGACUCAAUUUCAAUUUCUGCCGUAGACAAAGACAGGAAAACAUACAAUGCCCUUUUCUGAUUUAGUCGUCAUCAGCUAGAUGCAGGUUAGUCCCGAGCGGGGAAACCUGGAACAUUCGAGUCAAGUACCCUCCGGCUUGAGCCGUGGGUUCACGUCCUUCCAACUGUGGUCGGGACUUUACAAAGAACAAAGAUGACCACCUCAGACUCUCCUGUCUUUGUCGGGAACAGUUCUCGAUUAUUAGCUGUCCCUCACUGCGUGACUACCUGCGGGUACUCUGAAUUGGAGCCCUAAGUCAGGGCGGGACGAGCAUGCUGUGAGUUGAGACCAGGCUGGUAGCAUUCGUUUUGAUUCUGAGAUGUGGCAUUGAAUUCGUAGGCAGCUACAAUGCAAUUAUCAUUCUUUUUGCAACCCCUUCUGCUUCAUUCGCAGCAGAAAAUGCUAGGGAAUUUUCCAUUAUUAUCAUAGGCUUUGUUCACAGGAACUGCCUUUCUUUGCGAUCGGAAAAGUACGUUUGCCUUUAUGUGGACUUAGUGGAUCAGAUCUUAUUUCGUAGCCGCAACUGCUGUAGACAAGCCCCAACCGCCUGUCAUACGGGGCCGGCGGUAAUAGGGGGUAUAACACUAACCCCUAACACUAACCCCUAACCCUAACCCCUAACACUAACCCCUUGCCCUAACCCCUAGCUCCUAACCCUAACCCCAACCCCUAACCCUUAACCCUAACCUCUAAUAGGUGCGUCUACGAAAUAGCAUUGUAGCACUUAGUGUCGCACUGAUCGUGUGUACCGAUAUGCGCUAAGAUACCUGGCUCCGAGUCCUAACCAUAGCUUUAAUAUAAGUGCAGUCAAAAAGAUCGGACGCAUUUCUGGUGCAUUUCUCCAGCUGCACUCAGUAUUCAAGUGUGCUAAGUCUCGGUCGAGUUGAGAUACGUUCAGUUGCAGGCUUUAGCAAACGAGCAACUCAGUCCAGAUGUCAGCCUUGUUGAAAUGGCUCAUUCACUCAAAUGUUAAAAGCUAAAACAAACCCCAGCGAACUAAUAUGUCUAAUGAGCAAAUGUCAAACAAGGCUUCUGAUCAAAAACAGGUAAUAAUUUGUGCGGUUGAUUUGUCAAAAGAUUUGUUUUUCGAGUCGGUAUGUGGCCAAUGCAUCUGUGAACUUACCUACAGCUUCUGUCUAUCGGAGUGAACAUCUCACGAGUAACAAACGGGAAUAACCUGGAGCCCUAGGACUUGUAUCUGGCAGCAUUUUUGCGACGGCCAUUGCUUAAAAUUCGUACAAACUCCAGGCUGCUUGCGAUAAGACUGAUCAGUAGGAAAAUAGUUAAUUCGAGAUGAACAUUUGAAGUGGAUUUUAGGAUUUUAAAUGCCAUCAAAGCAGCUGCCAUGCGGAAACGAAGCAAAGUCACGGCAACCCGAAGUUUAGGACGAUAACUGACAGCGGGAAGCCUUUCUAAAAGCACAAUUUGAACGAUGAAUAAUCUGGAGGGGUUUUAACAUAUUUCGAAACAAUGCCUUUUCCUUGUAUGUUUACUGAAAGAAACGGAAUCGAAGGUGGAUAAUACAGGGAUGGCAAUGGUACUGAGGACUAAAGGCGAUUUUCAGAGCGAACACCGCGGCAACCGGCCGUUCAGCCGUAUUUAUUUCUCCAGCCUGUUAAAUAGUUACUUCAGUGGAGGAGUUGCCAUAUGAAAUACCAUUCCUACAAAAUAGGCUUUGUUGAAGUUUUGGAAUUCUGCGCCAUCCAACUAACAAGCAUGAUUGGGCAAAUGGCAAGGUCCUUUUCACCUGUUUGAAGAAGCGAAGCUGCAAUACUCAUUAUCACGCAACACAAUCCAAUAUAUUUUAAUCGCACCAGAAUGACAGCUUUUGAUUGAGCUUUUUUUCUGGCCGCCUGAAAAAACACACUCGGCAAGAAUAACCACGUGAUCAGUUUGUAUCUUCUAAGCGAUUUAAGAUGCCUCUAUACGUUUGCCUAUAUUUCGUAGAAUGCAUAAAAACAUUCUUGCAUUCAUUUUAUGGCAACUUACGUCUUCUUCAACGCCCAUGCUCGAUGAAAGGUAUCUUUGAGUUUGCUCAGAAGUUUUAUUCUCGAGUAAUUUUGUGCCCGACCUGCAACUGCACCUGCGCUUAGGGUUUUGAAACUGCAUACCGUACACUUCACGUGUAAGGUAUAUCAUAAAUUGUCCUAUUUUAUUAAGAAAACGUCCUGUAGUGUACAUACAGUUUUGAAGCAGAUGUGAACCACUUUGUAUACUUCUUAUGUAACAUUAUAACCGGACAGAUGUGAGGCUGUAUAAAUGGAAGCUUCACAGUCAUUAAAUAUCCCAUAAGUGCAAGCCUUUUAAUCUGAACGAUACCCUCCCUUCAAGCAUAAAACCCGGAGGGUACGUAAUUUGCUAACAAAUUAAUACAACAAUGAGUACUUUUAUGCAUGUUUCCGUAAAUUACAAUUGCAUUUGUAGAGCCACCGCAAAUCCACGGAGCAAAAUUCACACUUUUAAAGUAAUCGUUUUUUAACGGGCGUGGUUUUUGCGAGCGACUGGAAAGAGGCUCAUUCAAAGGUCGCAGGUCUGGCGCGAUAAAACUAUCUUAGUAUUGUGCUGCAUGGUACUCUUUGUUACAAACCCACCAAAGUACAGUGCGUUACCUAACUCAUGAAAUGUGUCGAAAUUUACGAAUGAUUGUUAAUCAUUCGCAAACCGACACCACUUCAUGAGACUAAUGUCUUUGUUAAUUAAGUAUAAGUUCAAAAGAAUUAAAAACAUAAAACAAAUAUUAAAGACAGCGCUGCGUUGUUUAGAAAUACCAAUUUUUUUUAGAAAAGCGUAAUAUCCUGAAAACGCCAGAAAUGGCUCUAAUUUAGUAAACUUCGAUUUAGACGUAUAGAAUGUGUUCUCAUGCUGAAAACAUAGGAAAUAUAAAAUUACAAAUGGAAUAACGUUUAAUAACAGUGUUUUGAUGAAGUUUACAUCCGAAUAUCGUUUGAGAAUUAGUGUAAUUUCGUUUGUUAACUGCCUACAUUCUGAGUGUAGAUUCCAAAAUAGUUUUCCAGGGAUUCGUGGCAUUCUUGACUCAUUUGAAGUAAAUGAGAUGGGUUCAAAAAGAAAAACUGGAUUUUGCUUGAUUUCACCUAUGGGGACCUCGUCAGAACAGAAGUUUUCAUAAGCUGACAUGCUGUCAGGCCGAUCGGGGCCUAAUAACUUUAAACAGAACCGACAGUUGUGAUCGUAGGCAUAUCAUUAUGUUGGAUACCUGAAGUAGUAUGCAUUAUAGUAUAUCAUUGUAGUAUACCAUUAUGUGUUUAUAGAGAGAACUUUUCUACUGUUAAAUUAAUUUAUGCAUUUCCUUCGUUUUGGAUUACGUUGAGUUUCACAUCGGCUUCCAAAUGUUGCUAAAUGCUUCAUGAUUUUCAGUGUUUUCCUCCGAUCGUUCAUAAAGACAGAUUCUGAAUUACCCGUCUUUACUUUAAAAUAAGAUUACUCUUGAAGACAUUUACUGAAUUAGUGAGUGUUCGGGUGCUACUUUUCACGAAGACGGUCAUUUAGGUCACAUGUGAAGACUCAUUCAAACAUCAAACUUCAUUUUCGAGAAAAAUGGCUGUCCACAACGAAAGUCCACAGCGAUCAAUUAGAAAACUUUCCUCAAUAAUUUAUCUCUUUAAUAAGUGCUCUAUUACUGCACUCCGUGGACGGAUCUCUGUGUACUUUGCAUUUUUGUACGGUGAGGCCAAGUAAAAAUGUGACACUUUUGGUCGUUUCUUUCACGUUCCUAAACAAUACUAAUAAUUUUCUGCCGUAAACGUAAGAACAUGACUUUCUCUAUAUAUUGAGGCCAUUUUCGUUGUCUUUGCUCGCUUUUGGACUCCGUUCUUCAAUUAUGAAUGCACAGCGGAGCGCCCAUAUAAAUACUGAUAUUUUGCUAAAACUAUUGAUGUUUUACUCCUUCUAUUUCUAAAUAAGGUAUGUGCAUAUGCUAAACUACACGACAAGCAGCGUUCCCUAUGACAUCAGUUAGAAUUUUCCAAAUGGCAAAACAAUUUCAGCCCAUUUAAGCGAAAGAAUUUCUAUGUGCGUUAUUGCUGCACUUUAGGGCACCAAAUCGAGCAGAUCUGCUAAUUUGACAUUUAGAAAAUGAUAAAAUCUCGAGUUUUCUUAAAAUAACCUUUGCGUCAGCAGGUCGAUUGCCACGGUUAACAUCGCACAUAAAAUAAAAUUUCAAGUUCGGCUAAAUCUGUUUAUUAAAACUCUCGCGAGUAACUUACUAGCCUUUCAAUGAAAAAGUCGCUCAGAUGCGUAACCGGAGUCUAGGACAUGUAUUAGCAUAGGAAAUUGCCCGCAUAUAUUCCAACGUCCAUUUCCGCUAAAAUUUGUUGAUAUUCUAUUUGAUAUAAUUACGUAAACACUAUUUCUGCACAAGAAAAGAACAUUUUUCGAAGGAAGUGGAUGAGUUAACAAAAUGCGCAAAGCUAAAGAUGUCCAGAAAUUUUCGCAUGAGUUUUCGUUAUCAAAUUUCAUGAGAUAGAUCACGUACUAUAAUUUUUUCUGAUCGAAAGCACAUUUCAGAAUUUCGGUUGACAUUACAUGAGAUAGGCCAGAUGCUGCAAACAUGACUGAAUAACACCACGAGACGACAGAAUCAGCACGUUUCACCGAUAUUGUCCCACAAGUAUGGCUGGUUGAUGAUCGCCAACAAGCCGGAAAUGGCCAAACCAGUCUUCAUUGUCUUUGUCGGUUCACCAUUACUUGCAUAUGUCACUAGUCGUUAUGUGAUCGCCUGCGAGGGCUCUAGUUUGAGAUCCAGGGCAUAAAGGACCAGCAUGUAUCGCAACCUGACCAGUGAUCACCGCUCUAUCGGUACUAAUAAACCCGAUCCCAACCGACAUGACGACGGUCCCUUGGCUCAUUGACAGUGCGUUAGACUUGAUGACCAGUAAUCCCGAGUUCGACUUUAAGUUAGCCCACACCUGGAGUUGGGUGUCGCUGGUUGGUGGCCUCUAAUAAACCAGAAAUGGUCAUUCCGAUGUCCCUCGUCUUUGCCGGUACAUAUAGUAGGUGCGCUAACUCACGGAAUGUCAACCGAAAUUCCGAAAUGCGUUUUCGUCUCAAAAAAGAUUAAUUAAGUAGAUUGUCAAGCUAACCAUCGUGAAGCAUGAUUUUAUAAUAAUUCAGUUAGCUCAAAAUUCGGGCCUUCGAACGAAUUUUUUUGUAGCUGCGUAAAAAACCAAACUCUGCAAAAAUGACUACUUAUGCAUGCAUUUUUCUCAUUGAUUUUCGUCGCCGUUAAAUUUCAAUUACGUUUCAUGGAAAAGUACAUAAAAAUUCAUUCCAUCACUCGUUUAAUGGAAAAUUACAUUUUUCUCCAAUUCUAUACUCGAAGGAAGAGUACGCUUUGGUUUUAAAAAAGCUUCUAAUUUUGAGAUCUUUAAUACCGUGAAAUGGCCGUUCAUAAAAUGCCAUGACUCUGCAUUUAUUAAUGUCGCUUGUAAAGUUUAGAAUAUGGCUCAAAUCCACUGUUAAAUUUUAUGAAUCCCAAAUAGUCUCCUCUUAAUACCGUAGAGAAAUACAUGGUUUUCCGUACGCAGAAAAUAUAUGAUUUGUAGUUUGUAAGCCCUGAGUGCAAGUGUAACGGCAGGUCGGGUUCAAAAUUAUUCGAGAAUUGGAAAAGUUUUUGGAAAUCGAAUUACACCACUCCUUCGAGCAUAAGAUUGGAAGACGACGUAACUUUCUUCCGAACGAGAAAAAGAAUGAAUAUUUUAUACACGUUUUUUAUGAAAUAUAAUUAAAUUUUUAAGGGCAUCGAAAAUUAAUUUGAAAAAUACAUGCUAAAUAAGCAGUCAUUUUCUACAGAGUAUCGUUUUUCAUGCAACCGGGAGGAAGUUCGUUCGAAAGCCGGCAGCAUGCGAUAACUGAAUUGCUAUGGAAUUAUGCUUCACGAUGGUUAGCAUGACAAUCCUACUUAAAUAUUCUUUUUGAGACGAAAUCGCAUUCCGGAAUUUCGGUUGACAUUUCAUGAGUUAGCCCACCUACUGUAGUUAUCUGGAUAUAUGUAUUUAUGCAUGUGUUAUCUGAAAGCAGGUGGGAUAUUUAUUAAUUUCUCUUUUUAUCCCCCGCCUCAUUUUAUCGAGCAGUCUCACUCUUGUGCAUCAAUAAUUCUCCAAACCUGGUGAUACUUUCGUAUUAUGGGAUAUGGCACCCAAGAGCGGAAUAAUAUUCACUGUCGUUCGGUAUACCUUGCGGUCUGGAGCCUUAGUAUGGCAUACACUGACUGUCACAUCGUGACCCGCAAUCCCAAGGCGCAGGCUUCAAGACCUGCAAAAAAUAACCAAGUGUACGCUUACUCAGUGAAUUUUAUGAAGGUUCAUUUUUAAAGUGGGGUCUCUGUUACGUUCUUUUAAAUAAUGUGCAAUUAAGGAUUUUUAGAUUACGUAAUCUGUCUGGCCUUUCUGUAGAGCGAAAUUUAGAGUUGCAAGCACAAACUAUUUCAGUUAUAUUGCCAUGUCGAUAAAACCACUCAAGUCUGGUGGAAUAUAAGGGAUCAAUGGUGAGCAAAUAUCUAUAACAUCAAUAGGCAUACCGCCGUUAUUCGUUUCAUUUGAAGACAUUAAGUCAUUCCGAAUAUCGGAACAAAGCAGGCAUGCAAAUCUACCUAACGAGUUAGCGGCAGGUGCGAUGCUGAAAACGGAGUCUUAGUCUUGUGAAUUAGGGAUUCCAACCAAAUGUCAAUAGACCAUACGGGAAUUAACGAACAGUGAUUUACAGUGCGAAGCCGACUUAGUACGAGCGGGCGUGUCCGACUCCAAAGAAGAUGACGCGACCGACUGAACCCACCACUUCGCUAUCUGUUCUCCACGCCCCGUAAUGACCACGUUCAAAAAACUAACAGUAACCGACGCAAAGGAGGUUCGGCGGUGAACUAAACUGAAAGAAGACGUGUGUUGGUUAUUCACGAGAGGCAUAACCUUGACCUGUGACAAGAAGUCAAAGACAAGAAUAAAAGCGCAUUUAAUUCGAAAGAGGAUGAAUAUUUUCUUAAACCAGCUGCUUCGAAUAGUGGCAAGAUGAAAACCUAAGUCUACGUUUUAGCUGAAAGCCGAAAGCUGCCGCUACGUUAGUACAGUCUUCACAUACGAAGCCCCACCAAACAGCGCGACACCCUGAAACUCGACAUUUACCCGGACAUCUGGCCGUUUUAAUGCCGCAGGACGAUAUGUGACGGCAAAGCAAGGCUGCCAUCAUGUUGCUUCCUAUCUGCACAAAUAUUCUCACAGAUCGACUUUCUGUGGAGGCUACUGAACAUUCCAGUCCUAUAUUUGUUCGCUGCUCACUUACUAUACUUGCUCCCAUUCCACCUCCCUCUGUAACAUAUACUCUGCGAUCGUUGCCCUCUUUUAAAUUUCUUUCUCCCAGUAUUCCGUCUUCUCACACUCUUCCUCCGGUUCAUGGGUCUUUGUGCCCAUCUUCCUCCACAAAAGGCCAUCACCAGGUCGUCGCUAUAAAUCCGUUCUAAUUUUUGUGCUUUGCAUCUAAGGUGAGAUUGAGGUGUCUUUUGGGGCUUAAGGGUCGACAAUCAGACAGGCAUGUUUCAGUUGUGUCUAAUAUACUUAUGUGCCUAGGUGCCACACGAAAAUCUCCAUAUGAACACCUCUUUUAUUGAGAUUGGAUGACACUGAGAGGGUCCAUUUCUCCGGUGCUCCGACGGAGGAAGUACGGAGUUGAUUUGGCCAACCGGGCAUGUUGGGAAUUCAGCAUAGCGUUGGACGAUGUUAGGCAUUUCGAGAUAUUAUCCUGUACCCCUCUUUAUCUUCCGUCCCCGUCCGCUUCUGCUUCUUCCUCGUCGAGCAGAUCUGUGUGGUCUAGUUUGCAUCAAAAAUAAGUAUACUGCUCGAUAGAGACGGCUCCUUGGCACGAACGGCUUUGAUUUGCUUACAUUACUCGUUUAUGCAGGUAAUUUCAUUUCAUCCUAAAUGCUGCACCUCCCGUCCAUCUUUUUAGUCGGAAUGGAAAUCGCGCGCGAGUACUUAACAAAAUCACUGCGGUGGCAGCAUUUUAGGCAGGAUAAAUUACGCAAUUUACUGCAUGCCAUAAUCCCUCUGAACACACAAAAGGGAAGACAUUGAAAAUGAAGACCACCGCAGUGGUUGCUGAUUUUCACUGUCAGUUGCCUCACAAAGUCGUUGGUGGUGGCGGCGGCGGUAGAGGUGGUGGCGGUGGUCUUAAUGUCAAAGAAGCCAGCAGUAACAGCUAAUUAGGCCAUCGGGGAUCGGUGUUUUUGCUCUUCUUGUAACUGACUGUCAAUGUUAAAUUUGCUUGUGCGGCGAGGCGUGGGGACCACAGGAAGCACUGGGCGCUGUAGGUAAACAGACCACAACACGACAUUUCGCUAUUAUUCAAGUCUGUUUGCUGCAGCCGCAACAUCAACGGUUGAGUGAAUUCGUCCUCUUGCCCUCCACUUUUCGAGUCCCCCCCCCCCACCUCCCUCUCCAUCGCCCACACAAGGCUCGCCCACCCCCAUGUCCUAGCAACGCAGAGCGUCCCUGACUCGAUCCCGUGUCUUGCACGUGUCACCCUGUCCGUUUGUGCGCGCCUGCGACCACCUGCUUGCGCAUUUCCUCUGACGGCAAAAUUUGAAUUGCCCUCCCUCGUCCAUUGCAUGCACGAUUCUCGCCGCCCCUCUGCUCUGUCACGACAGGGGGCGUGCAUCCUCAAAUUCGUCUCUCUGUCAUUUCCCCCACCUCUCCCCCUCCCUCCGCUGGAGUCUUAUCAGCCUUUUCUGUAGCUUCCACAAGCCUGACACACCACCAAAAGACGGAGGUCUACCAGAGACUGCACGAGACGAAGAGAAUAUCCUGCGUCUGUGAGGUGGCGUUUGUGUGUGAGAGAGAGAGUAGCAAAAGUCACUGCAAUCAUCCGCGUCGACAGCAACGCCAUCGGCAUCAACACCAGGGGUAAGAAAAUUCGGAAAAGCAGCGUGAAGGAGCGGGUAGAGGAGUUAGCCUAAUUCGUGCAAACGCAGCGCACUCACAAAUAUGUAAUUACCUUCUGUGACUAGCUUAGACGGAACCUAACCGAAACGGAAGGCAAACUUUUCAGGGGAAAAAACGUGUAUGGAUGCAUAGCGGGAAGGUUGCGAAAAUUAGCCCAGGAGACCGAAAAACAGGAUUUCAAAGCCACCGGACAGGCGCUAUCGUCAAAGGUCAUUGACGUAUGAUGAGUAAAACCUUUGUAUGGACAGGUGUUUUACUAAAGUAGCCCAAAUGGGUAAUGGCAAAUCUCCCUCUUCCAUAAGACGCAUAUUAACUCCUGACGCACGUUCUUGGAGGUCGGUUCAAGUGAGUUUAGGUACUUCAUUACCCUGCAAACAGACUCUAGGACACUGCACAAAGAAUUGGAGAAAAUGCAAGCACGUCAUUCAAUGUCGAGAGACGUUCGUCAACUGCAUUUUCUGAUUUUGUAAAUGUUGGAUUAGAAGGCAGUCGAGGCUAGAAGAAACCCGCCAACCGUGGCUGCAAACCUUUAUUUUCGACGUGAAUGUGAGGCAAAUACUGAUGAAUGGACUUUAAAUGGAUAGAAGCAAAGCAUGUUAUCUCCAGUUACGCAGCAUAAGGAAUUUGCAGACACUGCCAGUAGUCAUCUCCUCGACUCUGUAGACAUAUUUGCUCACCCAAAAUUACAAGUUUGAAAUAAUCACAACCGAGAAUGAAAUUAAAACUGGAAUCUACGGUGUUAUUCAGGCUUUUGGCGUGGUAAGACCUUUUGUAUGGGACAAUCGCCCUAUCCUUCUCUUAACGAGGGAAUUUUUACUGAUUGGAGAAAGAAUUCUUGAGAUGACAUCAUGCUUUAUUAAUUUUUCUGCUGUGUGUAGCCCCGGAGAGUCUAUCAACACCAAACAAGAAUGUCGCGCACCAAACAGGACUGCAGUUUAGGGGUAUAAAGGGUGAGGUUUAGAAAGGCGACCGAUGGUUCUCAGUCUGCCGCGCAUAGUGUACUUCCGAAAUAACCGCCGUCUCCUAAAACGGCAAGCCCCCUGUAAUACGGAGCUAUUAGACAAAAAUGAUAAAACGGACGCCACAACUACGUUAAGGAUCUGACAAAAUACCAGUAAGAUACAAAUAUCCGCCUGCACAGGCGUAUAGAUUUGAAGUAUAGUGAAUGCCAGUGACAUAUUACGAGAUUGGGAGGCCGUCAUGGAGACGAAUCGGUCGACCAUAGAUUAAACCUCCCAAAAUUGUCCACUGAGUUGCCCGAUAUUAAGAUGCCAGAUUGGUCUUGCUCAAUCAUCUUUUGACUCACAGCAAGAUUAUCUACAAAUGCACAAAACGAACCACCGGAAAUGUGUAUUCAGGAUGGUGAAGACUUAGUGUGAAUGUACGACAUGGGGGCAAACGCUGGUGGGACGGCUGUUUGUAGAGCAAUUUCCAGAAACUUGCCACAAACAGAAGCAGAGCAGUAUUACCAUUUUGAUGUUGAUUGUGAUCUGAGUGACCAUGCCCCGUUAUGAAAGAUCAGGAAACGCGCCAUAUAAUUGCAAUGAUGACUGUCUGACCGAUACCAGAACGGUUAAUUUCCUUCCUGAGAUUGAGCGACAGUUGUCGCAGGAUGGGUGCAGCACAGAAACGAUUCUCCGAACAUUUGGAGAGAUAGUCACAGCGGUAGGUCAACUUUCGCCAUUACUACCUGUUUUAGGUUUGAUAACGAAGUCGUCCCGACCUAUCUGUCGCGGACGGCAGCUGUGGUACUCGAGGUACUGGACAGCCGGCUGCAGAAUGCAUUACCAAAAGGACAAUUACAACGGUUCUGAAAACCGUAGAACUUGAGACUCAUCUCGUGCAUUUAAACCAGGCUUUUGGAUAGCAAACGGGUUUGGAGACUGGAUGCAUGGCGUAAUAAUCCAAAGCAGAAGGUGCGUUUUAAUCCAAAAUGGCUUAAAGCAUACACGUUAUUUCUUCCCCAUUCCUCAUAGUUAUAUAUUUAGCCACAGUAGUCAGUGCCACAAACAGCGACCUCCUUUUUCCAUGAAAGAAUGCAUUGCCAGAAUCGAACCACAUUAGCGUAAAAACUCCAGCUUACACUUCAUGCUGUUUAUGGCCCAACAUUCCAACUCACCUUAAAUUGCCGAAAGAAUGCUGUCAGGUAUUAACUGCGGAAGUUCUUAUUUCACUGACAAGCUUUGCUCGCUCUAAACACAAACCUUUACCGAAGACAGUGAUAGCAAAUUUUUCUACAUUCCCUGAUAUUCAUAUUGACCCAACUGUGAAAAGCUCGGCGCCUCGGUGGGAUUCGAACCCACGCAGAAAGUAGAAGGCUUUAGUACAGCCAACGCUCUAACCACUUGAGCUACGAGGCCCCGCCGGACGACUCCAGUUUAAUCAUAUUUGGGUCAAGUUUACCCGUCCAACCUACUGCAACGCCUGGAAUCCACCAAAUCUGAUACAGUAAGUUGACUGCCCAAGCAGGAUUUCCUAAGUAAUUCACCUAGAAUCCACCAGAUGACUACCAGGCUCACGUAAUUCAUAAAUAUUUUGGCAGAUUUUGAAUGUUGACCGAAAAUCUGCCAAAAUACCUAUGAAUUCUCUGAUAUGUUUAUUUCAUAACUUAGAGAAUUAUGUUGCUUACUAUGGUGGGCUGGAAUGGAAAUAUUAUCUGCAACCUGAGCAGCAUCAUGGACGACUGUUCACGGACACUAUUCAGCAUGCAUCAGUAGGUUUUCAUGAUCGAUGUUACUUACUUAUGCUAUAGGCAGUAGGGGGCGGCCGUACGGUCGCUCCCGUUCGUCGAUGCGAUUGAAUGGCCGUUUCACGACAAUAUCCUGUCGAAGGCACUGUUAUGCAGAUACAUCACAAAGGGUUACCACAAGCAACACCAUUUAGGUUGGUCAGAACAGGCACGACCACAGUUUAUCCUGUAAGCAGUGCACCGACGGUCUCCAUCAAACGUAAUGGGUAUGUCGGAUGUGCUUCUAUCCUCCUCGUCCUAGCACUCAGCCCUUGCCCCUGGCUUCAGGAAACUCUGCUCCACAGGGCGACCACACCUUGCUAAACGGUUUGACCGGCGUACUAAAGGAAAUGAGGGUAUCCGGCAGGUUUGCACCUGCACUAGGUAGUCCCUCCACUUUUUCUCAUCUCCCUCCCCCACCGUCUCCAAAAAAGUCCUACAGCGAGACCGACGUGCAGUCCCGUAAGUGGUCCGGGCCACAUCCGAUCGCCUUCCAGCCGUAACGAAGGCGCGGCCCACAAUGAAGUUUGGCAGCCGUUCGACAUGACUCAACAGAAAUUUUGAGGAAUCUCUGUUUAGAUCCUUGUAGAGUAGGUGCUAGAAAAUGUGUUCUACACAGGUGCUGAAUAAUCACGCCACCAGCUUGUGGAUGUAAAAUGCGCGUUUAAAAUAAUGGACCGAAAAGCAGCAACCACCGUUCUCCUUAUUUACUACUUCACAGUCGUCCGUUGACACUGCCGACUCCGGCAACCUGCACGGUCCAUUCUGUUUUAGACAACCUAAUAGUCAACCGACCAAAAAGAGGGACGGAUUUGGUAGCCUGCAAAAUGGCCCGCUGCAAAAUGUACAUCGUGACUCUUAACGAAACCCGCUCCUCUAAACAGGAACAACUGGACGAGGUGGAGGCCAAAUGCACAUUAUGCAGUGGACGUCGAAAGGCUGAGCGAGGAGAGACCGAAGUCGUUUUUGCCAUCAAGAAGGACACCGCGGGAGGGGUAUCAACAUUGUCUCAUGGCUAUACGACUGAUAAUCCGCGGGAACAAAUUUGUUGUCCUCGGGAGUACCUACGUACCCGCACCAACCAGUUCCGAUAACGCGAAGAACAAAUAAUAAUAAGAUCCGCACGCACCCCUAGACACUGCCGAAUGCGGGAAAAGUGAUUGCUCCAGGCGAUUUCCAUGUCCGCGUAGGUAUACAAUAUGCCUUUCGACAACAUCAUGGAGCUACGGACAUGAUCUGCAAACAAAAAGUCGGGGAAUGCGGACCAGCCGCUGAACCAGCUUAAUGGGCCUGAAGAACUCCAUCGACAAGAUAAACCGCGAUGAACUGCGGGUAAUCAUGUCGAACCUUGAAUACUCGGAGCAAUUUAGGCAAAUGACAAGAUAACUAAAAGACGGAGCGACAGCGUGUCACGCACAGUCGGCUAGUCUUGGAAGCAUCCCCUGUGAGGUGGAGGAGGGCUGCGUACUCGCUCCGUCUUACUUAGCCUCACGACCUUCGCUAUGCUGAUGGAUGUCUACUGCGAGGAUAAGCCAGGAAUCAACAUCGACUACCGAACUGACGGACAAUUAUCCAACAUUCGAUGCAUGUGGGAAUCUUCAAGAAUCUACAAGGACAGCGCCCAUCAUCCCUUAUUCGCGGACGACUGCGCGUAAAACAACACAACGGAAUAAGACACGCAAUGCACUGCGGAUCUCUGCGGCUAUGGCUACCCUAACUUUGAACUAACGAUCGGUACGGAGAGGACGGUGGUUGUGGUGCAACCGGCGCCAGAAUCAAAGGAGAUGGAACCCGUCUUACAUCAGGGGACAAAGUUGAGUACCUUGGAGUGUGCAUUUCCAAGCAACAUCAAGAUCGACGAUGAGACUGUAAGUCUGACCUCUAAAGUCGGCCAGGUCAUCGGCCGCCAACAACACUCCGCCUCGAAGAGUCCCGACAUCCUCAUCAACACAGAAGUGACAAUGUACAUGGUUAUUGUCCCGAGUAUGCUCCUAUGCAGGGCGGAGAUAGGAGUGAACGAAAUAAAAUCAAGAAAACUCAGUCCCUUUCACCUCAGAAGCCUUCGUAGAACACUGAAAGCUAAGUGCUAUAAAGGGUGUCUGACAUUUAGAUAAUGGAAUGAACCGGAACCCUCAGUGUCCACACCAUGCUGAGGUAGAUGCAGCUGUUGUAGCAGGGUUAAAUUGUGAGGAUAGCUGACGAGCGCCGACCCGAGCGACUCUUCUAUGGCAAAAUCACUGCGAGUGCUCGAAAACAGGGCGGAUACAAUCGUAAAUAAAAAGACACCUAUAUGAUCUCAGUUAGGCCCUUUUAUAUUAAUCAUGACAGCUGGGAGAGCUUACUUCGAAAAUUAGUAGGUCUAGCGCACUAAUAUAAAAAAUCGGGAAAUAUCUUCACAGCCAACUUAAUAGUUGCUGACAAGGCUAAAACAGUAUCAGGUGUCACGAAACAACGACGCAAGCACUCAUUUCCUAGCAUCAUGUCCACGCUAUCAAAGGAUAUUCCGGGCACGGAGUGGCCUCGUUGCAUAUUUCCGAAUCCAGUGCAAUUUCAGCAGAACCAAUUCUCUUAUCAUCUCACAAAAGAAAUACUACUACUGUUAUUACCGCCGCCGCCGCCGCCGCCGCCGCCGCCGCCGCCGCCACCACCACCACCACCACCACCACCACCACCAAUAUCACCGUUGAGGACACUCCUGUCAGCCUGCUUACCAUCACUAACAUCCCUCAUCGAACCGGCAAUAUGGAUUCAUUUAGCCUGUCACUACUGCAAUCGCCCCUUCGAAUCAUGCAUCGGUCUGGUCGGUCAGUUUUAAAUCCACCGCACAGCUAUUGAUGAACCGACUCCCGGUACCCUAAUAUACAUUCGUCAUACACAUCCACCUGUCCCCAUUGUCGCAGGUCAUUCGGUCAUCGGAUGUAUCUAUUAAGUGUUUCACGCAUCAAUAUUAACCUCCGAUUAGACAACAGAACUCAUAAAAACAUCUUGCUCUGUUUCCAAGUACACAUAAACCCACUCGACAACGCCAGCAUACACGACACCGCUCCGUUAAUACUGCUCACCCCUACUGCAGCAAGCAUAGGAUCCACACUGCCUGCACCGGUAUGGCGUACGAAAUGCCGCAUGUCAGAACAUUCAAAUCGCACAUGACUGAGAAACAUGCUCUUUGACGUAAUCCGCUGCACGUAGUGAGGAUCAGGUUGUGUGUGGCAGACGUAGACGGGCCGUUCAGUCUGUCAGCCGCCGUGCCCAAUCCUAGCACUAGUUGACUGACAGCCUCAAAUAUUCGAAUAGUUCUUAUGAGAAGGAGGAGCGAGGAAGGCCGAUACUGGAGGUUCCAUCGUUACGGCCAAUCGGCACACUUCUCAUCACAAUAAUUUCGACGCGCUUGAACCUGCCACGGCCUGCCGGAUGUCGGGCGUUGGAGGGUUGCCAACUGACGGUGUAACUCAGUCUUCUCGGAGCCGGGGGGUAAAGCUGCAAUGGUUCUCUCCCACUGUGACCUUUGCAUUCCCAUCUGUGUGGGUAAAUCGUGGGUGCCAAUCAGGUGACUUGUGGCACGCGUGUAGGGGUUGCUUGGCUCUGUCAGUCGCUGCCCCUUGCGUCCAUGUGCAUUCUUGACUCAAUAAACGCAGUUUGCGUGAAAUAUGACUUUUUGUUUGCUUUCACCAAACUGUUGGCCAAGGUCCGUAAUUAUGAAGAAGACUCGUCAGUGAUCGGGUGAAGGACCCCAAAAACACGACCAGCCAAAGGUGCCUGUCUUACGGACAAGGCGGUAAUUGGGAUUUUACGACCGUGGCCUAUGUAUGCGUAGAAGAAUGGCAAAAUAAGUAUAGAUAAUUGGCUAAUUCGUUUUUCGGGCGGAAAAGUUUUAAUGCAUUGACAUAUAGCAACCGAAAUCAAGUGAGACAAUUAAACAAAUAAACAUUAAGUGUCUACAACGGUCGCUUCUCAAAUCUCUGAGCUGUGGUCAUUGUAGAUAAUGCACCAGACCGUCUACAGCAGGCGACCUAACUUUAUACGAUGAAAUACCGGCUAGAUCGCAGUUGGUAGCCAGGUCCUGUAUUACUGGUGGCUGGGGGGGUUGUUUACUGGAGCUAUUUAGUGGGGUUCCAUAAUCACACCUGACCCAUUUGGCUUCCGUUUUACGUUUGAGGUUAGGAUUAGGGUACCGGUUAAUGGUUUUCGAUUUUCAGAUUAGGGUUAUGCAUUUAGGCGUAGGUUUCCGGGUUACGGUUAGGGUUUGAGCGUGUGAUUAGGUUUCAGUAUUACGGUUAGGUUUUUCAGUUACGGCUAUGUCUAAGGACUAUGUCUAAGUGGGCUAGAUCGCAGUUGGUAGUGAAACCCUGUAUUACCGGUUAGCGGGGGGCGGGGAGUUGUUAACGUUUAAGGUUGAGGUUAGGGUUAGGUUUAAGGUUAGGGUUAGGGUUAAGUUCGCCAUCCAUUUCCUCAUUUUUGGCUACCAACUGCGAUAUAACCGAAACACCAAACCGAAAUAAUCGUGUCGGAUUAAAACCCACUUAAAUAAGUAUAGUAGGUAUUCCUUGUAUGCCACAGAUGCUUUGGGCUCCUUCACCCGAUCCUUACCGAAGACUCAAAAAUAAAUAGAAAGCUGCGGGCAUUCGAAAUGGUUAGGACUGUUUUUCGCAAACGCAAAGGUUCCCCUUUCUUACCAACCGACCAUUUAUCUCCUCGUUUAGAGUAAAAUUUCAGCACGAUAUGUAAUUUUUAAAGCAAACCCAUACCACUAACGAAGACUGCGGUAUAUUUGGGCAGCUUCAGACCGAAAGCGCUUGUUGCGAGCCGCCUGCGAGCCACAAACAUGGCGAGUUCUCACCGGUCACACCGUGAAUGCUGUACUGCAUCCAUUCACACUGGCUGCAUGAAUUGCUGGGUUUUCCAUAUUUGGGACUCACUUUGCAAAGCCUUCGAAAGAUCUGAGUACUCUCUGACGCGAUACGUCGUUCUAAUAUAAGCUGCAAUAAACAUUAAUGAGGACUUAUGUUAAAUGCACGAGAGUCAGAUUCACAACCGUCAGACGUCUACCCAGUUGCCUUAAAAGUGCAGCAAAACAGUUGUCCGAAUGGUAAUCCUCUAAAUUUGCGAAAAACAAAAAUGAAAUAUUAAUUGAUUCUUGCAGGCGGCGAGCGGGCUGUAAUACCUUUGACGUAGUGUCCAACGGCUAUUCAAACACUUGGCGACUUAAACACUUCUCUAAUUAAAUGCACUCUGAUUGCGUGGAUAGCUUAAUAUGCUUCUUUCCUGUCAUUCCACUCAGAUUGUAGGAAUCCAGAGGGCGCUCGCUGAAACCAAAUAAAAGAGGGCUAAAUUAGAUGGCACAGAUAAUGGAAGGUAGUAUCUUCAGCGGAGACAGUAAUGUAACUGAUAAGAAUUUGUUCCGAUUAAAAUCGGUGAUCUUAGCAGGGUGUAAAGGCUCCUAUACGUGGUAAGGGCUUAGGAAGACUUCAGGCCUACUAUACUUGGGACUAUCGACCUAUUUUUCCUGUCCUUUAUUCACUACCGUCUAAGGACAAAUAUAAUACCUUUUGCGUUUAUUUGCAUUGUGGUAGCAGGCGAAUUUAACCAAUCACCGCGAAACGUCGUCUAAAAAUCUGUCUCAUUUCCAGAAUUCGCGACAUUCUUCACGCCACCUGGUUGUAAUAAUGUCAAAAGCAAAGAACAACCUCUAACGGCGGAAGUAGAAAUGAGGGUUUUACUUAGUGCGGUGACAAAUAGAGAAGUGCGCGAAUUGUAAGAAUCCGUUUUAAGAGUUCGUACAAUUUCGCAAAUAUCUCGUUGACUUUUUAGGGCAGGAAUAAUGCAUAGGGUUGCUACUGAUUACAGUCGACUCUUCAACCAACUGGUGGAAGGCAACAAGGAAUACGCAUUCGUUGACUGGAGGCGGGUGUCGGGCGGCAGGGAACCAGCGUGACUUUUUGUUCCUCGUGUUGAGCGACUCGUAUUUUUUGCGGCAAAUCCCUCCAGCAGUGCUUAAAAAAGGGAUUCCCAUGCUUUCAGAUGAGGAAAAAAACUGGACCCCCCGCAAAUCGUGUCAAAUUUCGGUCUACAAUGCGGUAUGUCUGCGGUGGAUUAUUCAGCUGACUGCUUCCAUGGGCAUCGGAGCGGCGGUAAAAACCAUCAGUGCUCAAACUGUGAGUCUGCUGAUUACAUUUUUGUGAUUUUUGAUAUUUAUUCUGAAUAUUUUGACCUCAUGGAUGCUAAAAGAUUGACAUUUAUGUGCAAAACAUGGUGUCUGUCGAAGUUGUUGAACAGAAACUAAUGUAUAACCAGCUCCAGAAAGUAUUCUGUCUGAUAUUUGACUCUCAAACAUGGUACUUAUGGAUAUCGACCGGAUCUGCGUGUUACGGGGAUGACAUUUGAGGCCCUCAAUAGCUGAUUUCGGGCAUGCUGGUUUUCUUCAAACCGGACUGUUCAGUUAGUUUCCAGAGCCAACUCAGUUUCUAAGAGCUUUUUAGCAGCACCGGUGCUGUUGAAGACUUUGGAGCUCAAACAGACUACAGGAAACUUGUUACCUAGUUGAAAAAACUGUCCCCUGGUACACAGUCUGCCGUCAGCCCGCGUUAAUUCUAACAUUUAUCCCGCAUCACCCUCUUUCCCACUAGGAUUACCAAUUUGAACGAAAGAUAAGCUGAACACCGAUACUGGUGCCAGUAAUAUUUAUUUGAGUUGUUUCUGUGUGAAGGUCAUUCCCACAAGGUUACUAGAGAGCGAAGAUUAUCGCAGCACUUCAGUCGUGGUGCGAUAUUCGCGCACUGGCCCAUUAACUUAUUUAAAGUCAGCUUUGCCGUCGUUUGCACUGCACGAACAGAGCUUACUUUAGCGAGCCGCUGGUAUUAACGUUGUCAGACUCCACCUAAAAGUGGGUGGAGCCGAACACUGAAAUGAGCAUGUACUUUUGCGUUAGUAUCGCUAACCGUUUCAGCGAGUCCAGAUACUACUUUUGGCUGGCCCUUCUUUCGAAACACCCUACAUACUGAAUUCUCUUAUGGGAAACAUCCAUUCCGUAAAUCACAGCUAUUAGAGAUCACUUGAAAAGAGUCAGCUACAGCUGCGCCCUAUAUCUAAGCUUUGACUACCGGAAUCGCCGGAAAAUGCGAGCUUCUGGAGGAACGUUAAAUGUUCCUGACACUUUGUCGCAUAUAACUUACAUGUACGUGUAUUUUCCGCACUUAUCUUGAGUUCUCAGUCUUGUCGACUUACCAGCUUUAUUACAAACACCACUUAGUUCCAUACAAAGUAAACUGAAGCCCGUAAGUAAUCAUGUUUUUCUGCCAAGCUCACUGCGAACAUCCUUCCUUGUCUUUGUGGCCUGAUAAAGUUUAAAAAAUAGUUAAAUGGAACAAUCACUACCUCCCCGAAUUUAAAAGACAUAUUGUUUUAUCUCAACAAACCAUAAAAUCAGGGCGUAGGAAAGGAGGGCGGUGUAAAUAUCUAACCCAACAGCCUACCGUUUACGGCAGUGUUUGGUUGUUUUAUACUACUUGUGCACUGCGCUUGGAGAAGACUGUUGUAUAAAAGCAAAAUUAUCCGAUCGAAGCACUAGAGGAAGGCACAGAGUAUACGCCAUUCACCAACAGAUCAUAAGUGUCAGAGAAUCUUCUACAACAAACGUCCUCGCAAGAAGCCGUUCACUCUGUAUAGUAGGUUUAGUCAAUAACUGUUUAGGUUGGAUAAAUUAUACACGAAGUGGCUGAAUGCAGCAGAGACUGAAGGGCUGUGGAAGAUAAAAACGGCAAAAGAACCAAUCUUACUAGUUUGUCAGAAUUAACGACAGUGCCAACCAUCCGCCGCUUCGAACAUGCUCGAACUGCAAACGCGGAUUCUGCGCAAGAAUCGGUCUCGUUGGACACCUUUAAACCCAACGUGCCAUCAAAACGACAACGUCUACCUCUUCUCUCACUCUCGCUUCUGUCGCAAACCCCGCACUGACCGCCAUCCUUGUCAGACUGUCGCUGUCCCGCCGCCACCAUCCGCCCUUCCCCAACCCCUGCAUCGACCGCAGCGGCCAGCACUAACACCACCACCACGUCUUCAGGCAUUCCCCUUACCGAUGAGAGGACGUCCGAAGUCCAAUCAAAUCCGAAUAUCACCGACACCUCCAAGCCCGAAUAUGUUGACUCGGUUCAUGCUUGGCCAUAUUACGAUUGCACAUUCACCUCACACAUCGUUCUGGUCGGUCACUUACGAAUCCAUUGCACACCAGCUGGCAAACCAGUGCCUGGAGCACCAACCAACAAUCGCUGCAUCCGCCCCAGCUGCCCGAGCGUCGUUGUCGAAGAUGCCCACCGUGUGCUGCGCAGCAAGGUGAAGCAGGGACGGUAACUUCCGUGUGAUCAGAAGGAGCAGCGAUCGCUGGAGCAAGGGCUUUAUUCGCCUGACGUUUCGGAUCCUCACUUGAAUCCAUCAUCAGAGACAGUGGCAGAAAAGGGUGACUUGUGCACAGGAAGUUGCAGUAUUUAUAGGAUGCAGUCGCUAUGCUACCGCAUACCUAUAGCAAUUAACCGCGCUCCCCUUCAUCAAGGAUUGUUGUCCGCUGGUGCUCUAAUUGCUUGAUGGUCGGCAUGCAAGUUGUUCAUUGCCGAAAUAUCAUCACCCGUGUUGGAUGCUGGCGUGAUGAUCGCUCGGCCAUCUGGCUCACCGGCCUGCGUGCUUCCCGAGUGGUUAAUUAUUCUGGCCAGACUAUGCCUCAGCACGGAAUAUGGAGUGGGAUGUCAUUGCACUUGUUGAUAAACUGAGGUUCGGGGAACCAUGACUCAAGCAACUCGCGGCUCACGCGAUUGUCCCCUUUCGCGAGAAUUUCGGCCUCAUCGAACUUAAAUGUGUGAUGGGGUCUCGUCGAAUAAGCCGCGACCUGAGAGUUGGCGUCAUUUAUCCGUACCGCUGUCGCGUGUGAGGCAAUUCGCGUUCGGAGCUGCCUUCCAGUUUCUCCGACGUAGUUGCUUUCUCCGCAACUGCAGCAGAUCCGGUAAACGACUCCAGCUGUUUCUUGCCAUGACAGUGGGUCUUUUGGUCUCAUCACCUGACGCCUUCCGCGUGAAUUAGUUUAUAACGAUAGCAGACUUGCGCAGCAUCCACCGCACUCUCUCCUCCUCCCUCAUUUGGACCCGGUGUCACGGAAGAGUAAAAAAGACCGGGGGAGGGAAGAACGCAGGUGGGUCGCACGGUAGAGUCUGCACCUUGGCACCCCACUCCACAUCCCCUGCUCAAUACACCAAAUGACCAGGAUUAUAACCAACAACAGCAGGGAGAAUGGAAGCUGGCACGGCCGAAGCAGAAUCUAGGCGUGCCGCUACAUCCGGCUCGGAUCCCAAGGAGUGGGGGUGCCAUAAAGGCCACAUUAAGAGGCAGCCAGUACAACCUGGCUCUCAGACCACCAGUCCGCAACUCCACACAAACACAACUGACCGGACUGCAUGGAUUGAAUUGGGGCAUCUGUCAGCAGCCUUUCAAGUCACGGUGUUUGACGCACCGUGAUAGCCUCAGACUCGAGUCACAUACGUAGCCGAGGAGCCGGCAUGCAGACGGAGUCCAGACGCACACUUCCCACUUGCGCAGGAGAUGGCAUUUGGGUGCUUGUGGUGGGUGAUGUUGAUGUGCGCUGAGAUGCUCGUGAGGGAGGAUGUGAUGGCGUGGUUUAGUCGGUGGUUGCCCACUGCAGGUUUACGUGGACGCGCAUGUAGCCUAAUAGGCCUGUGUGGUGCAUGAAUGUGCGAUUGCAAUGUGGAAAGGGGAGGCAAAUGCAGCGAGUGUAGGCUGGUGCUCCAUUCACUGGUUCGCCAUUCUCUCCGCGAUGGAUGCGUAAGUGACCAACUGGACCGAUGUGUGAGGUGAAGGUGCGGUCGCUGCAACGUCUACACUCACUGUAAACUGACGCGCAAGUCACCGUGCCUGCUUCAUCUUGCUCUGUGUACAUCUUCAGACGCGACGGUCGAACUGUCAAGUCUCCUCCCCUGGCGUGAUUUUGCGUUCGACUUUACCGUAUAAUUUACCUUCUUGUUUUAAGGCGAACUUAAAUCGAUUUAUCUUAUCACUGACGUGUUUUUACUUCUACUCCCUUGCCAUAUAAUUGUACUGGCCGGACGAAAAUUUAUCAAAAGCUACGUAUGCUCGCCACCUCGUCUUCUGACUACUGCUAUGGGAAUUUUCGCAACUCUAGAUAAGAAUCCCUCAACUCGCCCAUGUCACAAUUGAUGGGAAAAGGUUUUCCCACCUGUCUGGGUACGAGAAUAAAUUAACCUUACCCUUUCCCCUCUCCGAUCGAGAAUACGCAUAUGUCGCCAAUUUCCCUUCAGAAAACGUAGUACGCUGUAUAGAAAAGGCCAGAUUUGCAGGUGUUCUUAACCUAGGCACUGUGCGCCAACGAAUUCAUUCGAGCAGAUGAAACAUGGGUGGGGGGGAGGGGAAUCAUGUAGUUUUGUGUGCAGAACGUACAAUGCACUUUUACAAGGGACCUCGAGUUCCAGUAAAGUAAGAAGGGAAAGAGUGGAAAGUACCAGAAGGGCUAACUAAUUCGGCCAGACACACCACAGGUUAGCAAAGUCCAGGAUUCUGAAGGACUUCCACGACACUGAGGAAGCGGUCGUAGGGAGGGAAGCAGUUCUGAAGUUAUGAGUUGUUAUUGAUAGUUUUGUCUCGCUCCGACUGGCUGCUGCUCCAAUUGUGCUUCUUUUAGGCAACGGAAAGGUCUCACUUCUCUUACGUCUGCUCGGAUCGACGAAGCUACGAGAGGCAGGGAAGAUUAUGUGGCGACGGUGGUAUGGUUUCCUGAAACGGCUGUAUUCGAGAAUGAAGAAGCAAAUGUGUCUGGCGAAUAAACCGUCACUAACUAGAGGACAAAAGUUCAGGUUUGAUGCACUGACGGUAAUUUGCGACGGAUACUGGUGUCGGUGCUGCUAUAUGAUGACACUUGAAAGUUGGUAACUGUGCCAUCUUCAAAAGGGAUUCAUCGGAUCCAUCGGAACCGAUCUGUUCAGACUUUCGCCAAUGGACCUGACCAAUCUGUCUAGAGGCAGGCGAGGAGUAAGUACGCCUGUCUGCAAUAUCAGUGUUGCCCUUCACUGGGAACACAAGAACUAACCAUGUAACUCAGUCCAAUUAAGUGGAAGCGUCGCCUGCCUGUUCGAAGUGAGGUUUCCUGACUUGAGCACAUGAAUAACAGCUUGACCAUCGCAAGUGUUGACGUCCGUUGUGUGACCUACGUAGCAGGCGCAGCAUCAGCGACUUACUUGUAAACUGGUUUAUAGUGAGACGGACUUUCUCAGCAUCUACCACACUCUCUCUUCCCUUGCCCACCAAGCUCAAAUAACAAGACAACGUCAAGGCGGUCGGGACCUGUGACUGACAAAGGUAAACAGGCCGUUCACGUACAGCCCACCGGUUCCACCGAAACAAGCACGGCUUGGAUCUCACGUGCGUAAGAGUGUCACACAGACUACAUUAGAAAGGAACCAUUGAGCCUGGCCCCCAGUUCUUGAGAUACCCAUCCCAAAUAUCCACACUAGGGACCGAGCUAUCCCGUCAGUAGGCAACCUUCCAAAUCAAAACUCUGAGCUCUUAGGGAUAAAUACAAGCGCGUUCGAUCUGUUAUAGUGACAGUGGCGCUGGUUUGUCAAGGGAAUAGAUUUCUCAGUGUCCGCCUGACUCGCCCUUCCCUCUUCCAUGAACCAGUUGUCUGUCGAGCCUGUCAACCACCUGGUGGUUGGAUCGAGUGCAGUGGCCGAUGAAGAUAGACAGUUCGUUUACUUAUGCCACACAUGACCCCAUCAAAGAACACGCAUCUCAGUUACGUGAAAUGUGCAUGUUUUGACAGUUGACGCAGCAUUGACCGUAACGGCAACAGCGAAUCGGAUCACAUGCUUGCUGCCGGAAAGUGGUGUGAUCGCUUGCGGGAUGUGAUGCAUGGUGUGGAGUUCGUCCAUAUAUAUGCGGGGCAGGUAAGGUAGGUGUUUCGUUGACGAUUUGCGUGGAAGCGCAUAUGAUGACCGAAUGUCCUUAGGCCUUGUGAGCACAUGAGGUGCGUGCGCCGAGUGCAUAUUGCGGUUUCUUGCUCUGGUGUGAUGGAUUCGCAAGUACUCGACCAGGCAGAUGCGUCGUGCAACGGUACGAUGGCAGUGAGAAUGGGAUGGGAUUGUGGUACGUGAUUUAGUGGUGUGGUGGUGGCGGCGGCGGUAGUGGUGGUGGUAGUAACAGAGAAGUUUUCAAGCGUAGGAUGUAGAUUUGUCGUGGUGACAUCGCGACGAAUCCGUCUGUCAUGGAUACGCAUGAGACCAAUUAGGCCCACGCGGUGUCUGAAUUCCCUGAGACAUCGUAAACAGAUGAGGCGCGUGUAACGGGUUAAUGCAGUACUGGUUUGUUAGUCUCUGUAUGAGGUGACUGACCAGGUCAAUGCGUAAUGAGAAAAUGUGAUCACAGUUGGGAGAGGUUCGGAUUAAUUCCAACUUUUGGUGAUGAUGUCAAUAUUGGUAAUGCUUUGCAGUUCGGUAGAAGUGUCCUCAUUGCUGUUGCUAGUUGUGUCAGUAGUGGCAGUGCGUUGGGACACGAGAUGAGUUAAUCGUGUUUACAUUACGCUGGGUCCGCAAAUAUCCAUCGAGGCCGACCCGUGUCCGGAGCAUCCGUUGGUAGAAUGGAUACGUUGACGGGGGUUGAGUGCUGGUAUCGUUGGUCCAUAGCACUUAAGUAAUGCAGGUCUAUUUCUCUGCCUUGGCUGCGGCUAGUCAGUUGGCUGCGAAGAUGACUGCUGUAGUAUCUACGGCAGCGAGUCGUGCCUUGUCGUCUUGAGCGAGAAAAACCCAGAUCUCUGGGUUGCUUUGUAGGUGCUUGACGGAGGUCUUCAAUGUGUCCUUUUUGUGAAGCUUUAGUUCGCCUUGUCCACGACCACCCGCAGUUACGUCGCCGCAGAAUAGUUGCUCGAACAGACGUUCAUUGUUCCUCCAGCACAGUUUAACCGCGUGGAUACCGAGGACGCAGGUUCUUUUCUGGAUCUCAGCGUCUGGGAUCCUUUCCUGGCAUCUCACACUUCAGAAUUCUUCGGAGACAACUGAGAUGAGAAUGGCUGAAUCCUCUUGCUUGGUCUACAUAAGGGGUUCACGUGACCGCCCCGUGAGGAGCGUUUUCAGUACAACGGUCCUGUAUAUCCGGAAUUUUGUAUUGAGUGAGUGCUGCUUUAGCCGACCGAGGUAUCCUGUUUGCAAUUUUGUCGUCUAUCUUAAUGUUUCUUGUGAUUUUACUCCCAAAGUACGCGAAUUUGUUCGCUGCUGUGAGUUGGGCUUCACCGACACUGAUACGGGGUUUGGCGUAGUCCGUAUUUGACUCCAGUUGGUUCAGGCCAUCAUUUUCUCCUUUCUGAUGGUCAGGCCGUAGUUAGAUCAGCUGAGGACAAAGAGGUUCACACUCUGUCACACGUUCCAAACACGUACUCUUCUGAUCACGAUGGUCUGAGUCGAAAAGGAUUAUUCCCGCGACACGAGGCGACAAAAGGGCAGUAUGAAUGGUUCUGGUCAUGGCCCAGUCACAACUCAGACCAGGCGUAAUCCAGAAAGUGUGAAUAACAGAGGAAGAUGUUGUUGAACGCAUGCUGGGACUAAAAACUUCCACCGUCUUCUGUUUAUUUAUCUCCGACUAAUGCUCUUCAUUCAGGCAUAAGGGAACCGCGGUUGAAGACGUCUACAGGGGAAACAGUAGGUUCAAAAUUUAGCCUAUUUUCGAAGUGGCUCAAAAGGGAUGCACUGAAAAACUUGGUUUGCCGGAAAAACGUCCAAGUAGGCGAUGGUGACAAGGGUAAGUGUCUUCAAACAACCUUACGCUCGGGAGUUCUCGUCGUAAGAGUAGGUGGUCUGCGUGCUACCAUCAAAGGAAAUUCUGGGGUUGGGCAGUUCGAUGCGCAGAAAUGCCUCUCUGAUUACAGCAAAGGCAGGAUAAUAUUUGCAGUAGCCAUCACAGAAAACCAUUCCGUGAUGAUGGAACACACUGCUCCGGUGGACAGGACAUAUUUUUCAGCUUCUAGGCUUCAUAGGCCCAUUCCACUCUUAACUGCAAGAGAUCCCCUGUAGCCUCGGCUACCUGACCGGAUAUUUUCUGCGGACGUGGGAACGUGUAACACCAGCCAGUUUAUAUUAGGUCUUGUUUUCUGUAGAGAACAAAGAUGCUACUAGAAGUUGUUUCUGGAAAUUGGCCGCAUAAACUUCAACCAUCGUUACAACGGGUGUAUAAUGCCAUGAAUUUUGAAACUCGUCGCCCAUCUUCUCUGUCAGUGUCAGUUCCUCUGCCAUUUCAGAAUCGAAAUAGGGUCCUGUGAGACCUUAGUAGUGACGUCAUCGGCGAUGUCAGGUGUCGCGGCGUGGGUCAAUGGGAGAGUGGGUCAGAAGUCGACCUGACGAGGUGUCAAAGGAAACAGCUGUUAUUUUAUAUCAGCCUUCGGUGAAUCGAUCUUAUUUGUGGGCGCGAGCACGGGCCGGAUAUAGACAGAUUGUUUGGACAACGUUGCCUUAUUCAUGUGAACUGCUGUGUCCAGUUCUUAUAUCCAUCCUUCACUAUCGUACGUUUCGUCAAGAUGCAUUGUGAAUUAGAGUAGCUGCGGAUUGAACGUUCGUUCACACAUUUUGUUGCCUGUGGGCCUUGCAGAUUUUACCAAAAUUUUGCAUAAAUUUCUCAUAGGUUGAAAGUAAUGUUUAACUCUCCAUUUCUAGUUGAGGAAGUGCCUCAUCCAGUACUCUUCACUGCAGAAAAGAAAGGAGUGGCAGUCCCGAGGUUGUUUCUGGAUCGUCAAAACCAAUGGCUGCCUCUUCUUCAACCCAUUUCAGCGCUUGAAAAACCGUUUGACCAAAUUCCUAAAGAUUAAACACCAUCGACUGCAUUUCUUCCGCUCUUCAAGUAUAUCAAAAGGUUGAUUCCUUUACUUGAUGCCACCCAUUGGUAAAGGUGUACGUAAGACUUAUCCUGAAUGUCGUUUAGUAAAUUCAGCAAAGCCAAGCACGGUUCAAAGUAUCGAGAGAUCUAAGUGUUUUACAUCAGGUUAUACGCUAAUAAUUCUGUUGGCAGAGUUUCGUUCGAAGAACCGCCUUCUUAAAUGUGUUUGGGGGAGACGCCAGAAUAGGAACCCUUGUAAUACAGAUGGCGUUGCGCUACAUUCUGAGGAGGCGACUAAUCCCGUAGUCUAACUCCAAUCUCCCUGUGGUUUAGCGCAAGAUCAACAGUACUAAGAGAGGAAUCGUUUUCCUGUGUAUAACCAAUGUUUGUAUUAGUAUUUUGGACGAAAAUCAGUCUUGGGUAUGCCACAAGUGCUUUCAGAACCAUUUAUACGAUGCGAGCACUGAAAAGGUUUUUCUCUAUUGGCGCAAUUUAAAUCUCAUCUAACCUUUGCUUCGCACUGAUAUCUCCAGUCUUCAAACGAUCCCCUUUACUAAGACUACCAUGGUUUUUGCCUCACACACAUGUGUAAACUGCCGGCUUUCGAGUUUAUUCAGUGUUCUCUAUUCACGGCAAAGCUUCGCCGUCUGCUAUAGAAAAAAGCUGGCCGUGUUGGUGACCAUCUCCAAUUUCGGCUUUUCUGAAUCCUGCAUCCGUAGAGGUCUCAGCCUUCAAAUCAUACCUAGUACGUAAGUGGUUUUUCUUCCCAGCUCUCAUUCCAACUGGGCUUUUAGAAAGACAGCGUACAACAUUUGACCGAAAUAACUGAUUGACUCAGUCAAAAGGAAUUUACUCUAAGAAUCCACUCAGCCUUUUUCAGAACAGUCGAGUCGGCUUCACGAGGAUCUACUAACUAUUCUCAAUCGUUUGUACCACUUAUUCGUUGGAAACCAUUCUUUCGUCCUAAUAUGUCUCUAAUAUUAUUUAUAUUGCGCACCAUGAUUUCGAAGACCAGAGAGUCCCCUCAAAGGGGUAUUGACUGACUUGCAAAUAGUAAACCUACAUACUUUUAAGCAAAGGGGGCUGCCCGAUGUAAAUGGAGAUUUCACUAGCUUGAAGAUCGGUUUCUUCAAGUGAGACUGAAGAGCGAAAUAUUAUCUGUGCACUUCAGUCUUCAAAAAUGUGUUUAUUGGCUGUUAAAAUCUGUCUCCUAGACGUGCAUGCAGGCCACUUAACUACUUAUGUAGAUUAAUUCAAACACUUUACCUGCAAUUUUGCUGAUGAAAUCUAUAGCCAUCUCGGAUAAAACUUAACUUAAAUAAGGUAAAAUGCAAUUUUAAAACUACUAUUUAAACAGUGCCUGAAGCAAAUUCAUUUGUUAUGAUUGGAUGAUUUGAAAUUUAGCAGCCUCCCACAGGCACGUAAAUGCAUUAUAGCAAUUCCACAAGGAGGCGACGGUAAGGUGGAGGACCCCAGUCAACAGUCGGCGGGCUGUAGAUCAUGUCAUGCGGGAAUGGUAGUAAUGGGGAGGGGAAGUUGCUGGUGGGGCUGCACACCAGACGUGUAAACUGACAGAAUUCCGAAUUACACGGAAGACGGUCGGUGACAAAAAUGAUACUUUUGAGUAAAAUGAUGAAUGUAUGCAGAUACGGUAUCCAGCUGGAUAUCCCAUGGUGUUGCAUCUUGAAAGAGUGCCUGACCGUUGAACAACCCAGUCUAUCCCCUGGGAGAUAUCUCUGUUAUCCCUAAAUUCGUGAUCAAUUGAUCUCCGUUUUUUAUUCCUCCGCUCUUGAACACAACUGUUAGUCCUACUUACUUAGUAAUAUAUUGCAAGUAAAUACGUCAGCACACCAUCUCUGGUCUACCGGCAACUAACUGGGAUUCCUCACCCUACCGUUGUCGACAAGGACACGCUAAAAUGCAAAACGUACCAGGCACUUCACUGGUUUUGCAAAAUUUACCAAGAAUGAACGUUCCUCGAACCUUCUAACGAGAUAAGUCAUGCUCAAAAAGAAACAUGUCUUUGCCCAUCAGAAAAGGCGGCAAUUUCAUUGUCGGAAGGGGCUGAUUUUUAAUAUUGUGCAAAUUCUGGUCGCUCUCCAUGAUGGCCGUCAAAAGAAAAAAUUUCGGCCACAAUCGUCCAUGAUGAUAAGUUGGUGAAUGUCUGGCGAGAAAUUGCUUCCUUCUUUAACCUGGUAUAUAUUGCAUGAAUUGCAAAACAGAGUUUAACGGAAAUAUGCGUAUUUCUUCCUAAGAUUCUAAAGAGAUACCGGAGGUCUCCAGUCGGUCGUGGGUAAGGCCUCCAAUUCCCAGGUCCACUGAAGAAACACCUGAACUAUAGAUGCUAACCGGCUUUGUAUAACUGUCGGUUUUGAAAGGAGAAGUAAAGAAAAUGCCGAAUAAUUUUUAUCGUGAACAUUCCUUAUUUUUCUAGAGAGGUUCUGCUAUGGAUUUGUAGACGCAAGGACAAAGGACACUACAAAUUACACCUGUUCUCCAUAUUCUAAUAGCAAAGUCCCGGACAAUAACUAGGAAUAUAGCCGGGGUGUAGGAGUGUCCAGUCGUGACGGUCAUAGUAGGUCUCUCGCUUGCUUGUAGGUGUUUACCACGCCUAGCGUCCAUUAACUGACACCCAACACUCACAUGUGGCUCUCCCAGGCUAGGCUGUUCCUAGUGGCUACACAGCGGUAACCGUUUCGACCGCCGGACUAAACCAGGUGAGGGUGCCCGUGUGUGCAUCUCCCCACACGGGAAAUUUGCUCCACCGGCUGGAUGGAUCACCGACUCGGUAUCUCCGAGAUGAGACUCUGUCUGCAACAUCACAGGAGGCCACAAGGUAAGAGAGUCCCCAGGUAAACAAACAUUUCUCUGCUGACUUGCUAUUUGUCUGCUUGUUUGUUCCUCUUUAUUGAAGGCAAAAUGCAGCUCUUUUGAAUUUCCUCUGUUGCCUUUGCUUUUUUGCUGUUCUUGCCUGCUUGAUUUUGGUCUGCUUGUUUGUGUCCGUCCUUGUUGCAAGCUAAAUACCGUUCUGGAGAGUCCUUCUGAUCACCGCUUAUAUAUUUCAGCAACCAGUUCGCUUAUAGAGGGACGGGAAAGCUAUGCAUCUCUUCUACCUACCCUUCUGCCAAUUCCCCUUCAAGCACCACGAUUUGAGCGACAGCGAUCACGUAGGCGACCCACGGUAACUCGAGUCGCUCUCCCACUAAACCAAAGUCGUGACCCAUUCGGAGUUCGGCAGCCGUCUGGGGUGACUGAGCAGCCCAAUUUAGGGAGAGCACUGCUUUUUCCACCGCGAGGGGAAGGUACCAUAAACAAAUGCCGGGAUUCACGUCGUCUGCACUCUGACCGCGGCCCGCAGACGCAAAACACACGGUUGAAACAACCAAACAAGGAACAAAACUCCUUCACUACUUUGCCUCGAUCAAGGUUGUCUAUGGUCCGCCAACCAAAGGAACUGCUCCUCUUCUCAACGUCGACGGCAGUGCCCUACUCAUUGAAAAAACACAAGCUCUUCAUCCAUGGGCCGAGCACUUCAGAAACGUCCUCAAUCGCCUCUCCACUAUUUCCGACACCGCCAUCACCCGUCUGCCUCAAGUGGAAACCAACGCCGACCUCGACCUCCCGCGCUCUCUCUCCACGAAACCACCAGGGCCUGCAGCAGUUCUCCAGCGGGAAAGCUCUUGGAUCGGACACGACCCCUGCUUUGAUCUGCAAGCACGGUGGCUCCAACUCGUGGACCAUCUGACGGCGCUCUUUCAGGAGAUGUGGCGUCCAGGCCAAGUUCCGCAGGAUUUCAAGAAUGCCAACGUCGUCCACCUCUACAAGCGCAAGAGGAACCGUAAAAUCUGCGACAACUACCGAGGCAUCUUCUUGCUGAACGUCGCGGGGAAGAUAUUCGCUCACGUUCCCCUCAACGGCCUGAACAACCAUCUGGAACAGGAUAUCCUACCGGAAAGCCAGUGA